AUGGGAUCGAUCGACUCCACCCCCUUCCCCGUCCUCGACGACCCCCGGGCCGAGGACACCACCCUCCCGGCAUUCAUGGUCUCCACCACCCGCGGCUUCCUCCCCCGCGCGGACCCCGUCGCCGUGCUCCCCGCCGAGUUCGCGCCCCUGGAGGACAUCCUGGCCCGCAUGCCUGUCAAGAAGCUCGACGGCACCCCGGGUCUGCUGGCCUCGUCCAAGCUGGGCGAGACCGUUGACAAGGAGUUCCCGGACCUGACGGAUUCCAUUGACAAAUACAAGGACAACCUGCCCCUGAUGAAUGCCCUGUACCGCGACUACUCGUUCCUCGCGUCCGCGUACCUGCUCGAGCCUUGCCACGAGCGCUUCGUCCGCGGCGAGGAGUACGGGCUUGCAAGGGACGUGCUGCCGAGGAACAUUUCGCUGCCGAUUGCCCGCUGCGCUGAGCUCACCGGCUUCAAGCCAUGGAUGGAAUACGCCGGCUCCUACGCCCUCUACAAUUACCGCCUCGAGGACCCGUCCAAGGGUAUGGAGUACUCCAACAUCCGCCUCAUCCGCGCCUUUGAGCAAGGCCUGGACCCAACGUCCUCCGAGGCCGGCUUCGUCCUCGUCCACAUAGACAUGGUGAAGAACACGGGACCCCUGGUAAAGGGUACCAUGGCCGCCCUCCGCUCCUCCGCCUCCCCGGCCGCCCACACCCUAGACCGCGCCGCCCUCAACCAGGGUCUCACCGAGGUCCUCGCCGCCCUCCGCAAGAUCAACAACACAAUGGAGACCAUGUGGGACAAGUCCCGCCCGCAAAACUACACCAGCUUCCGCACCUUCAUCUUCGGCAUCACCAGCCAGAGCAUGUUCCCCAACGGUGUCGUCUACGAAGGCGUAAACGACAACAAGCCAAUGUCCUUCCGCGGCGAGUCGGGCGCAAACGACUCCAUUGUGCCCUUGAUGGACAACCUUCUCCAGGUGCCCAUGCCCGACACCCCGCUCACCGAGAUCCUCAAGGACUUUAGGUCGUACCGCCCCAGCAACCACCGCCAGUUCCUCAUGCACGUCAAGGACCGCUCCCUCGAGGUCGGCCUCAAGGACGCGGCGCUCGCCACCAAGCUGUCCGCCGAGGGCCUGGGCGAGCACGAAAAGGAAGCCGUCAAGGAGUCCCGCCGCUUGUGGCUGCUGAUCCUGCACCAGGUGCGCGACUUCCGCUGGCGGCACUGGUGCUUCGCGCGCGAGUACAUCCUCAAGCGCACGUCGCACCCUACGGCCACGGGCGGUAGCCCCAUCGUCACAUGGCUGCCCAACCAACUCGAGGCGAUCCUGGUCGAGAUGGAGGACCUGUACGGGGCCGUGGCCGGCCGCGAGGGCGAGUGGGACCUGGGAGAGGAGAUGAGGGAUGUGAUGGACCUCGUGUCGCGGCAGAAGAUAUCGCUGCGGAAGGAGGUGGCCAAGUACUGCGCCGAGCGGGGGGUCAACACCGCCGCGCAGACGAGUUCUUGA